CGGAGGUUUCCAUUAGUUGUCCCUGCCACUGGGAAAGGUAAAUCGGCGACGGCGGCCUCAGGAGCUGUGGGGUCCCCGGCUGGAGGUGGGGGACUCGGCUGGGGAAUCAUUUAAUACUUCACAUUAGAACAAAUAUGUGAAAGUCCCUGCCAACCUGUGAGAAUUUCUUCCUUCGACAUUUUGGUUCUACUUCACAACUUUCUUAGAAGUUCUUUCUUGAUGCCAUGUUCUGUGGCUUGCAUCAAAAGAGGAGUUUGUCUUCAUGAAGAUUCCUAACAUUGGUAAUGUGAUGAAUAAAUUUGAGAUCCUUGGGGUUGUAGGUGAAGGAGCCUAUGGAGUUGUACUUAAAUGCAGACACAAGGAAACACAUGAAAUUGUGGCAAUCAAGAAAUUCAAGGACAGUGAAGAAAAUGAAGAAGUCAAGGAAACGACUUUACGAGAGCUUAAAAUGCUUCGUACUCUCAAGCAGGAAAACAUCGUGGAGCUGAAGGAAGCCUUUCGUCGGAGGGGGAAAUUGUACUUGGUGUUUGAGUAUGUUGAAAAAAAUAUGCUUGAAUUACUGGAAGAAAUGCCAAAUGGAGUUCCACCUGAAAAAGUUAAAAGUUACAUCUAUCAGCUAAUCAAAGCUAUUCACUGGUGCCAUAAGAAUGAUAUUGUCCAUAGAGAUAUAAAGCCAGAAAAUCUCUUAAUCAGCCACAAUGAUGUUUUGAAACUGUGUGAUUUUGGUUUUGCUCGGAAUCUAUCAGAAGGCAAUAAUGCUAAUUAUACAGAAUAUGUGGCCACCAGGUGGUAUCGGUCCCCAGAACUCUUACUUGGUAGAAACCAAGGCAGCAAAAGUGCUGCUUUGCAGUCUCACCACAGAUCCAACAGCAAGGACAUCCAGAACCUAAGUGUGGGUCUGCCCCGGGCUGACGAAGGUCUUCCUGCCAACGAAAGCUUCCUAAACGGAAAUCUUGCUGGAGCUACUCUUAGUCCCAUGCACACCAAAACCUACCAAGCAAGCAGCCAACCUGGGUCUACCAGCAAAGAUCUUACCAACAAUAACAUACCACAUCUUCUCAGCCCAAAAGAAGCCAAGUCAAAGACAGAGUUUGAUUUUAAUAUUGACCCAAAGCCUUCGGAAGGCCCAGGCACAAAGUACCUCAAGUCAAGCAGCAGAUCUCAGCAGAACCGGCACUCAUUUAUGGAAAGCUCUCAGAGCAAAGCUGGGACACUGCAGCCCACUGAAAAGCAGAGUCGGCAUAGCUACAUUGACACUAUUCCACAGUCCUCUAGGAGUCCCUCCUACAGGACCAAGGCCAAAAGCCACGGGGCGUUGAGUGACUCCAAGUCUGUGAGCAACCUUUCUGAAGCUAGGGCCCAAAUUGCAGAGUCCAAUACCAGCAGGUACUUCCCAUCCAGCUGCUUGGACUUGAACUCUCCCACCAGCCCAACGCCCACCAGGCACAGUGACACGAGAACUUUGCUCAGCCCCUCGGGGAGAAAUAAUCGAAGUGAAGGCACUCUUGACUCACGCCGAACCACAACCAGGCAUUCUAAAACGAUGGAGGAGUUGAAGCUGCCUGAGCACAUGGACAGCAGCCAUUCCCAUUCUCUGUCUGCACCUCAUGAAUCCUUUUCUUAUGGGCUGGGCUACACUAGCCCCUUCUCUUCCCAGCAGCGUCCACAUAGGCAUUCCAUGUAUGUGACCCGGGACAAAGUGAGAGCCAAAGGCUUGGACGGAAGCUUGAGCGUAGGGCAAGGAAUGGCGGCCAGGGCCAACAGCCUGCAGCUCUUAUCACCUCAGCCUGGAGAACAGCUCCCUCCAGAGAUGACUGUGGCUCGAUCUUCUGUUAAAGAAUCUUCCAGAGAAGGCACCUCUUCGUUCCAUGCAAGGCAGAAGUCUGAGGGUGGAGCCUAUCAUGACCCCCACUCUGAUGAUGGCACUGCCCCCAAAGAAAAUAGACACCUGUACAAUGACCCUGUUCCGAGGAGAGUUGGCAGUUUCUACCGAGUGCCAUCUCCUCGUCCAGACAAUUCUUUCCAUGAAAAUAAUGUAUCAACCAGAGUUUCUUCCCUACCAUCAGAGAGCAGUUCUGGAACCAACCACUCAAAAAGACAACCAGCAUUCGAUCCAUGGAAAAGUCCUGAAAACAUUAGUCAUUCCGAACAACUCAAGGAAAAGGAGAAACAAGGUUUUUUCAGGUCAAUGAAAAAGAAAAAGAAGAAAUCUCAAACAGUGCCCAAUUCUGACGGCCCCGAUCUGCUGACAUUACAGAAAGCCAUUCACUCUGCUAGCACCCCGAGCAGCAGACCAAAGGAGUGGCGUCCUGAGAAGAUCUCUGAUCUACAGACCCAA